AGAGAGUCUCUGGCAGCGUAGUGGCCUGCACCUGCCGAAUCUUUUCCCACCUUACCGCACUUCCAGUGACGGGUUCAGCGUGGACAGCUCCAGGAGCGUCUCACUGGUCUCUGCCCGCCCCCGCAAAAGUUCCCCCUGGGGGCCAAGGUGGGGAUACUCCCAGGAACACUUCUGGAAAGGCUCCAGUGGCCGGGCUGAUUGACAGCCAGCCGCUCCCGGACUCCCGGCUCGCUCCGGUACUCUGGAAAGAAGCUUGUGCGGAGCAGUCAUGAGCGCGCCGCGGGAAAUCGGCACCUUCGUGGUGUGGGACUACUUGGUGUUCGCCGGGAUGCUGCUCAUCUCUGCUGCCAUCGGUGUUUACUAUGCCUUCGCCGGAGGCGGCCAGCAGACCUCCAAUGAUUUCCUAAUGGGCGGGCGGAGGAUGACCGCGGUGCCCGUUGCGCUGUCCCUCACCGCCAGCUUCAUGUCCGCGGUCACAGUCCUGGGGACCCCCUCUGAGGUCUAUCGCUUUGGGGCCAUAUACAGCAUCUUUGCCAUCACCUACGCCUUAGUGGUCAUCCUCAGCUCCGAGGUCUUCCUCCCAGUCUUUUACAAGCUGGGCAUUACCAGCACCUACGAGUACUUAGAGCUUCGUUUUAAUAAACACGUUCGCCUCUGUGGAACCAUUCUGUUCAUCAUUCAAACAAUUCUGUAUACUGGAAUUGUUAUUUAUGCUCCGGCUCUUGCUUUGAAUCAAGUCACUGGAUUCGAUCUGUGGGGCGCGGUCAUUGCCACUGGGGUGGUCUGCACUUUCUACUGUACUAUGGGUGGUCUCAAAGCUGUUGUCUGGACAGAUGUUUUCCAAGUUGGCAUCAUGGUGGCAGGAUUUGUGUCUGUGAUCAUACAGGCUACUGUGGUUCAAGGUGGGAUCAACAAUAUUCUAAAUGAUUCCUAUUAUGGAGGAAGAUUGAACUUCUGGGACUUCAACCCAAACCCUUUGCAAAGACAUACCUUUUGGACAAUCAUCAUCGGUGGAACCUUCACGUGGACUUCCAUCUAUGGUAUUAACCAAUCCCAAGUCCAGCGGUAUAUUUCCUGCAAAAAUAGAUUCCAUGCAAAAAUGUCCCUUUAUGUAAAUCUCAUAGGACUCUGGGCAAUUCUUACCUGCGCAGUGUUAUGUGGGCUCUCCCUUUAUUCGAGGUACCGUGACUGUGAUCCUUGGACAGCAAAGAAGGUGUCAGCCCCAGACCAGCUCAUGCCCUAUCUGGUGCUGGACAUUUUACAAGAUUAUCCAGGACUGCCCGGACUCUUUGUGGCAUGUGCUUACAGUGGAACAUUGAGCACAGUGUCUUCCAGCAUCAAUGCUUUAGCUGCAGUAACAAUUGAAGACCUCAUCAAACCUCACUUCCGAUCACUCUCAGAAAAGACUCUGUCUUGGCUUUCAAAAGGAACAAGUGUGCUGUAUGGAGCUCUGUGCAUUGGGAUGGCAGCCCUGGCGUCACUCAUGGGAGCCUUGUUACAGGCAGCACUCAGUAUCUUUGGCAUGAUUGGUGGACCACUUUUGGGCUUGUUUUCUCUGGGGAUCUUGGUCCCCUUUGCAAACUCAAUUGGGGCAUUUUUAGGGCUCACUACUGGAUUUGUUAUUUCCCUUUGGGUUGGAAUCGGAGCUCAGCUUUAUCCCCCUCUUCCAGAGAGGACUUUACCCUUGACCCUUGUUACUGAUGGUUGUAACAUAACCAACUUAGACUCCCAGGGGAACUGGACGAUGACUACCACAGAAAUGCCAUUUUCUACUAGUGCUCUUCAAAUUCACAAUGUUGAAAGAACUCCCCUAAUGGAUAACUGGUAUUCCUUAUCAUACCUGUAUUUCAGCACAAUUGGAACCCUGGUCACUCUACUUGUGGGAAUAAUUGUUAGCCUCCUAACAGGAGGAAGAAAACAGAGUACAGAUGACAGAUUCCUACUAACAAAGGCAGACUUUUUAUCCAACUUUGACUUUUUAAAGAAGGAGAAACUAAUUUUAAACCACCAACCUUAUGCAACAGAAGAUGGCGGCACUUUUAACCCUGCCUUCAACCACAUUGAAAUGAACUUCACGGAAGGCGAAGGAAAGACCCACGGGGCACAUUUCUGAAGCAGCUCUUAUACAAUAUGAACUUGAAUGCCUUGACAUUUUAUAUAUUUUUUUCUAAGAUGAUUGCAUUGAAUUUAGAUUUUAUUUUAGAAUACUCUGUAUUUUUGUACACUCUGCUGGCUGGUCACCGAACCUCUUAGCACUUCAGGUUAUGCUCUAAGACUAUAAGGGGCAGAGAAGGUGAUGACUGGCAAUGGAAAAUGGAGUUUCCACACUUGAGAGUUCCUCAUGCCAAUGAAAUCAUAUGACUUGUCCCCAUUCCUAUCCCUAUAUGUUUUCUGUUGACCUUCCUGUUUUUCCGGAUCCAUUUUGACUUCUAACUUGGCUGCAUUUCUGGGUUCUGAUCAAGUCUCAUCCUAGCAUUGAUUCUUCCUGUUGGAUGGAAGAUGGAAGACUCUGCUUUCCUUGGUCCUGGUGCUGACAACUCCCCCUCCCCACAAUCUGCUGUGAAAAACAAACUAACAAAACCAUAUACUGUACCUUUUAUUCUGGGUUUCACAUCCCAAGAAAAUGUCUGUAAUUCAAAGUGGAUCGCCUAGAAAUCAGAUCAUUCCAUCACAUCUGUAAUCCAUAGUGGAUCACCUAGAAAUCAGAUCAUUCCAUCACAUCUACAAUCCAAAACAGAUGACCUAGAAAUCAGAUCAUAGUAUUACACUAUAGUCCGUAGUGGAUCAUCUAGAAAUCAGAUCAUUCCAUCACAUCCACCGCAAAGCCUAAUUUAAAGUCACUAAAAUGAAGACCAACGUUUCAAUGACUAGAAAAUGUUUUUUUCUUUUCUUGCCUAAUUAUUCAUUCAGUUUAAUAAUUUAAUCGCUGCACAAAAAUUGAAAUUUUUCUUGAAUGAUGUCCUUCAGCUCCUUAGAUACAAAAAGCUCGAAGUUAAUGCAUUAUUUAUUUUAUCUUCUUUCCAGUCUAACUAUCUGGUAUCAGGAUUUCAUUGUAAAUUGUCAAUUUACAUUACAUUUACAUUGUAAAUUCUUCUUCUCUCCGGCCCUCCCCGCCCCCCCCAGCCCCAAACCUACAGCAUAUUCUAUUUGAGAAAUGUGUAGGUGACCACCUUUUUUUCAUUGUUGUAACUAAAUAUUUGAAAGACGGCUUGGCUUUGUCUCAAAUGCACAUAGAGCUGCUUAUUGACUUAGAAAACAACAGAUUUUAUUAUCUGUGUUGUAUUUUUAUUUAUUUUUUUUAAACAUUUCCCAAUUACGUCUUUAAUCUGGCUGGCAGAACUUGGCGGUUAUGUCCUUGACUCUCUGCCGCCGCCAGGCGUGGGAUACGCCUGGCUUAGUGAAUAGAGAGCUAGCCUGGGAGUAAGGAAGGCUUGGGUUCAAGCCUUGCCUUUCUGAGAAAUCCUGACUUUGUGAGCCUUGGGUUAGUAAGUCACUGAAGCGCUCAGUGCCUUGGGCAACUAGCUAAGCCUAUGAAUUGCAGAAUAGGUUCCAACCUACCUUGAUAAAGAGAAUUGUAUCACCUGGAGUUCUACCAAGGAAAUUUCAGGAAGAGUUAAGAAAAAAAAAGAGAAAUAUUUCGAUGUCUUUUAAAAGUUUUAAAAUAAGAAAGGAAUUUCCCAGUUGCUUCUUGUCCCUGAUAUUUGAGUAAUAGUAUAUUGUAAUAUUAUGUUGAAAUGUUUCCAGCUCAAAAUUUUUUAGAAAGAAAAAGGGUUAUUUUCAGCCAAGAAUAUGUAUAUUCACACAUUCAUUGAAUAUGCAUUUAUCAAGUGCCUACUAUGAACCUGGCUCUGUUCUAGGUACUAGGAGUGCAAAGAAAAGAAACAAAGCUGUCUCUACUCUCAAGGAGUUACAGUCUAUUGGGACCCAUACCAUAAACGUACAUGCCUAUUUUUGCAUCUGACUGUUUUAAACUAUUUAAUAUGCAUAUGUUUCAGAUACUUAUGGAAUUCUAGUACUGAUGCUUUAAAAAGGCAUCUUGGUGUUUUGGGCAAAGUGCUAGUUUUCAAAUCAGAAGUCAUGGGUUCAAAUUCUAGUUCUACUUGUUUCUAACUGUGUGAACCUGGGAAGGUCACUUACUCA